AUGACGCCGCUCACCUAUAAGUGUCGGUGGUCUGCGCCGCGCCAACAGGACUCCAGUCUCUGCGCCAUGGAGAUGUCCGUCAAACUCAUCUGCGGCAUCACGCUGUUCUUCCUGCUGCUGGCAUGCAGUCCCUCGGAGGGCUGGUACAAACAGAUGGCUGGAGGACCGAGCUACUACUCUGUGGGCAGGGCAUCUGGCUUGUUGUCCGGGAUCCGGAGGUCUCCAUACGCAAAGAGAGGAGAGACGCAGCCGACAGAGAGCGCACAGAACGUGCUCUCUGAACUUACGUCAAGAAGUUUUUUCCUGAAGACCAUGUCUGUUUGCAUCAAAGAAAUUACACCAAUCCUGCAGAGUUGUGAACUGUUCCCUGAGAGGCUCAAAGGCUCGUUUAAGUGCUCUGCCGAAGUCUUCCUCUCCCUGGACUCCGCGGACUGUGCAGCGGCUGGAGACUAG